GCGCCCGAUAAAAGGAGAGAGCGGAGUGCCCGUAUUGCAUUAUCUCGUGCAUUCAGCCUACCUGGAGAUAAUAUUUGGGACUUGGAGCCGUUGCCCCACAGAAAACGGAACAAAAUGCGUUACGUGGCAGCCUACCUGUUAGCAGUUCUUGGCGGGAACGAGGCUCCUUCCGCCUCAGACAUCAAGACUAUUCUGGGCAGUGUGGGAAUAGAAGCAGAGGAAGACCGACUGAACAUGGUCAUCGCCCAGCUGAAAGGAAAGGACUUGGAGGAGCUCAUGGAGGAAGGGUCCAAGAAGCUUGCUAGCGUCUCAUUUGGGGGUGCGGCUGGCGGGGGCGUGGCAGCUUCCGGAGGUGGUGACCAGGUCGCAGACGGCGGGCAGGCUGAAGCAAAGACAGAGGAAAAGAAAGAGGAACCAGAAGAAGACUCAUCGGAUGACGACAUGGGGUUGUCGCUCUUUGGCUGAUUCCAGUUACUUCCCGUUCUGUCCUCGUUAUGUGUGAAUCCCUGCCACGUAGAACAAAAAGAAUUCCGUAGAUUGGGAUGAUUGUGAUAGCACCAUGGGAAAGUCCAGUAUCAAUGAAUGACGUCAAGAAUGAGACAUCCCCCCCCCCCCCAAACAAAAAGUCCAUUUACUUUAUCAAAUUCACCCGCUCUUCUUGAACUUGCGUGUGUUUUUAUCGGUAUUGGUUUAUUGAAUGAGACAACGAGUCGAUUCAAAGUGCUGUUCUGAAGACAAAAUCAUUCGAAAAACAUACAUAUUUGUAUAUUUUACAAAUGUAUAUUUAUGUAUUUCAUGAAAGUUAUUCUGUGUUAUAAAAUGUGUGUAUAUGUAGGAGACUGGAAAUUGUUAAGAUGAGAUGAAAACAUCAAUAUCGUAAGAAUGGUAAUUCAUGACGUGUAUGUGUUUUUCCGUCCUUGUGAUCAUAAUAGAGAUUAUCGAAGAGACGGAACCCGUGAAAUCCAAAUUCAAAUCCGACACGACAAAACUGUGUUGAAGAACUAGAAUAAACCAAGGUCACGAACCCUCUGAUGGAACCUGGAAUCAGAGUCGUCAGCACCAUGCGAUCUCUUGCACGAUGCCACCAGCGUGCCCCCUUAGAGAUACACAAAUUAAAUGUAUAUUAUCAAAAUGUACUGUAUGUUCAAGGAUGGCUACAACCCCCCCCCCCCUUCCGUUAAAAAAUAGCUGCAGUGUUCUACUCCCCUAUUUUGGAAAUGUUCAAUAGGAGAAACAAUAAAAAAAAAAGAAACUAACAAUAACUUCACAUUGCGACUUUGUCAAAUCGAAUUUCAGUCAUCAGUACUUUUAUUGAGACAUGACUGUUGUAUUUUCGGUAACAGCUUUUCAACUACGAUUCAUACCCUCGUUUCAGUAAGAGGGGAGAGAGAGAGAGAAAAAAAAAGAGAGAGAGAGAGAGAGAAAG